ACAACCCAUUUGGUUUAAUGAGGAGAACCAGUGUGUUUUCUCUCCCUCUCCCCCCUCUUUCCUUGUCUAUCUUCACAUUGUUAACUCUUAACCAAUUACACAGUGUCCUGUCUUGCAUCCUGUCCCCUUUUUUUCUGCUCGCACUCAUUUUCCCUCCUUCUUUCUUGAGGCCUUGUUGAGCCCUGAUAGGCUUGCUGGGGAUAAAACCUGGAGCUUGGGAGAGGAGAGGGACAUUUUGGAGCGAGAUGGCGAGAGGGAUGGUGGCCACGUACCUACAUGGAGUCCUUCUCUUGGCUCUGUGGAAACCUUCACUACAAGGAGGUGUAUAUAUACCUGCUGGUGGAGCAGCAGGAGGAGCUGGAGCCAGCAUAGGAGCUGGUGCAGGACCUGGAGCUGGAUUUGGCCCUGGAGGAGCUGGGACUGGAUUUCAGCCUGGUGGAGGAGCUGGACCAGGAGCAGGAGGAGCUGGUGCUGGUCUUGGAGGCUUUGGACCAGGAGCUGGUGGAGAGGGCUAUGGUGGUCACGGACCAGGAGGAGUCGGACCAGGAGGAGUCGGACCAGGAGGAGUCGGACCAGGAGGAGUUGGACCAGGAGGUUUCAGGCCCAGCACUUUCGGUCCAGGCAGUGGUGGACUGGGAGUCGUACCUGGAGGUGUUGGGGCUGGUGAAAAGCCUCCAAAAACAGGAGGUGGCUACGGUGGUCGUGGAGGAGUGACUGGAGGGUUUGGAGCAGGACAGGGACCAGGCGGAGUCGGGUCAGGUGGUUUUGGACCAGGUGGUGUUGGUCCUGGAGGAUAUGGAACUGGGCCUGGAGGAGUUAGUCCAGGUGGUUUUGGACCAGAACGCACUGGUCCAGGUGGCCAAGGCACAGGCCUUGGGGCAGGGGGUGUGGAUGGAGGAGUGCUUGGAGCAGGAGGCCACGGGACUGGCAGAGGUCAGGGAGCUGGAGGGCUUGGAGCUGGAACAGGCUACGUACCUGGAGGUGGCUAUGGAGGCUUUGGAGGUGGUUAUGGACCAGGUGGUGCUGGUCAAUACCUAGGAAAUGGUGGAACUGGACCCAAACCUCCUAAAACAGGUGGAGCUGGAACAUCACUUGGAGGAACAGGUUAUGGGCCUGGUGGUGCCGGAUUUGGGCCUGGUGGCGCAGGAGUUGGGCCUGGUGGUGCUGGAUUUGGGCCUGGUGGCGCAGGAGUUGGGCCUGGUGGCGCAGGAGUUGGGCCUGGUGGCGCUGGAUUUGGGCCUGGUGGUGCUGGAUUUGGGCCUGGUGGCGCAGGAGUUGGGCCUGGUGGUGCAGGAGUUGGGCCUGGUGGUGCAGGAGUUGGGCCUGGUGGUGCUGGAUUUGGGCCUGGUGGUGCUGGAUUUGGGCCUGGUGGCGCAGGAGUUGGGCCUGGUGGUGCAGGGUUUGGGCCUGGUGGCGCAGGAGUUGGGCCUGGUGGUGCAGGGUUUGGACCUGGUGGCGCAGGGGUUGGGCCUGGUGGAACGGGAUUUGGGCCUGGUGGUGCAGGAGUUGGGCCUGGCGGAACAGGAUUUGGGCCUGGUGGUGCAGGAGUUGGGCCUGGCGGAACAGGAUUUGGGCCUGGUGGUGCAGGAGUUGGGCCUGGUGGUGCAGGAGUUGGACCUGGAGGAGCAGGAGUUGGCCCUGGUGGAGCUGCUGUACCAGGAGGAGUUCCAAUGCUGCCACAGACUAGUACUACUGGGGGAGGACCUGGAGGAAAGAGCGGGGGUAAAGCAUCAAAACAAGUUCCAGGAGUUGGGGUGCCUGGACUCUAUCAAGGUGGAUUUGUACCUGGCCAAGGUUUUGGAGGCCGUGGUGUUCUCCCUGGAGUGGCCACAGGAUCUGGACUUGGGCCUCAGACUGGGGCCGGAGUACUCGGCCAAGGGGGUACUGGACCAGGAGGAGCAGGAAAUGGUCGUGGACAGCAGUUGCCUGGGGUUUUUCGUGGUUACCCUCUCAUAUCACCAAAAUCAGGUGCGGGCAAAUCGAAGAAUCUAGCCAAAGCUACAGCUAAAUACGGUGGAGCUGGAGCUGGAGGACGUGCACUUGGUCAAGGAGGUGCUUUGGGGGUUGGGGCUGGAAGACUCCCUGGAGGAGGAGCGGGAGUCGCACCUGGUUUAGGAGGUGGAUUUGGAACAGGAGGUGGACCUGGAUUUGGAAGUGGAGUUGGAACAGGAGGUGGACCUGGAGCUGUACCUGGAUUUGGAGGUGGAGUUGGAACAGGAGGUGGACCUGGAGCUGUACCUGGAUUUGGAGGUGGAGUUGGAACAGGAGGUGGACCUGGAGCUGUACCUGGAGCUGUACCUGGAUUUGGAGGUGGAGUUGGAACAGCUGGUUUAGGUUAUGGUCCUGGCGCAGCCAAAGCACGCAAAUACGGUCAGCCAGGCGGUGCAGGCACUGGUGCAUCUGGAGGCCUUGGAGGCGGAGGACCAGGUGGAGGAGUUGGCCUCGGCACGGGAGUGGGACCUGGCUCUGGGGUUGGAUUUGGUCCAGGUGGUGCCGGCACUGGGUCAGGUGGUCUUGGUUAUGGUCCUGGUGGUACUGGCACUGGUCCUGGAGGAGCGGGUUAUGGGCCAGGUAGAACUGGGUACGGGCCAGGUGGAACUGGGUACGGGCCAGGUGGAACUGGAACUGGAUUAGGAGGAGCAGGAACAGGACCUGGAGGGUAUGAUGCCAGUGCCAAAGCUCGUAAAUAUGGCAUGUUAAGUGGAGCACUUGGUACAGGAACAAGUACUGGAGGAGUCAGGCCUGAUGGUGGUACUGGCUAUGGACCGGGUGGAGUUGGACCAAGUGGUGCUGGUACUGGCUAUGGACCAGGUGGAGUUGGACCAGGUGGUGCUGGUACUGGCUAUGGACCAGGUGGAGUUGGACCGGGUGGUGCUGGUACAGGGUAUGGACCAGGUGGUGCUGGUACUGGCUAUGGACCAGGUGGAGUUGGACCAGGUGGUGCUGGCACUGGUCCUGGAGGAGCGGGUUAUGGGCCAGGUAGAACUGGAUACGGACCAGAUGGAACUGGAACUGGAUUAGGAGGAGAAGGCACAGGACCUGGAGGGUAUGAUGCCAGUGCCAAAGCUCGUAAAUAUGGCAUGUUAAGUGGAGCACUUGGUACAGGAACAAGUACUGGAGGAGUCAGACCUGGUGGUGCUGGUACUGGCUAUGGACCAGGUGGAGGUGUUGGACCUGGUGGUGCUGGUACAGGCUAUGGACCAGGUGGUGCUGGUACUGGCUAUGGACCAGGUGGAGGUGUUGGACCUGGUGGUGCUGGUACCGGCUAUGGACCAGGUGGUGCUGGUACUGGCUAUGGACCAGGUGGAGGUGUUGGUCCAGGUAGUGCUGGUACUGGCUAUGGGCCAGGAGGAGUUGGACCUGGUGGUGCUGGUACUGGCUAUGGACCAGGUGGAUUUGGACCUGGUGGUGUUGGAACAGGCUAUGGACCAGGUGGAGGAGUUGGACCUGGUGGUGCUGGUACAGGCUAUGGACCAGGUGGAGGAGUUAGACCUGGUGGUGUUGGCUAUGGACCUGGAGGUUAUGCUGGUGCCAAAGCCCGCAAAUAUGGUCUGCCUGGAGGUGCUGGAGGUGCCCUGGGUGCAGGAGGAGGGGUCCCAGGAGGAGGUGUUGGACUAACAACUGGUGGUGGACCUGGAGCAGGACUGGGGGCUGGUGGGAUACCUGGUUCUGGUGUUGGAACGGGAAGUGGACCGGGUGGCUUUGGACCAGGCAGUGCUGGAGGGCUUCCUGGAGGGACUGGAGGAGCACUAGGGACUGGAAGAACAGGAUAUGGACCUGGUGGAUAUGGGCCUGGAGCUGGUUACGGACCAGGUGGAGGCUAUGGUGCAGGACCAGCAGCUGGAUAUGGAACAGGCUAUGGAGCUGGAUCAAAACCUGCUAAAUACGGCUAUGGCACAGCAGGAUCUAAAGCUGCUAAGUAUGGGCAACCUGGUGGAGUUGUACCUGGGGCAAGAGGGACUGGCACUGCAGGAGCUAGUACAGGGACCAGCACAGAUAUUUCAGUGAAUGGCACUAGCACUGGCAGUGGUGCAGUGACAACCGCUGGACCCAGUGGAAGAGGACUUGGAGCCACAGGAGGUACACCAGCUCCAGCAUCAGAAGGUGAUGGUGGUGUUGGCAGUGUGAUAGAGGGGUCUGGAAGUUCUGGAGGAGAAGGAGGUACUGGUGUAGCUGGCAGACCAGUGGGUACAGGAGGUGAUGGAGAAGGCCUGGGUGGAACAGGAAUCCCCAUCAUUGGAGCAAAACCAGGAUUCAAUGGGACAGAAGUUCCAGGUUCCACAGGAGCUGCCCCUGCUGUCACUGGUUUACCUGUACCUGAGAUUGGAGGCGGGGCUGUACAACCAAGCGCUGGAACAGGUGUUGGUGGUACAGGACUUCCCUCUGGAGGUUCUGGUGGUGAUCUCUCCAGUGGGACACUGCCUGGAGCCAAACCUCUCAAACCCCCAGGUGUCCCCAGAGGCGACACGCCAGGUGAAGGAGAUGGAGAGGGAGAUCCUGAUGGAGAAAGAGGUGGUACAGGAGGCACAGGUGGAGGACCAGGAGGAGUAGGAGGGCGUCCUACCAGUGCAGGAGCAGCAGGAGGUGUUUCAGGUGGCAUAACAGAAGUGGGAAGAGGAGACAGUUCUGCUACUGGAACUGGAGUUGGACCAGGAGGUGCAGCUGUUGGAGUAGGAGGAACACCAAAACCGCCCAAAGCAUACGGACCUGAUGGGACUGUAGCAGGAGGCGUAACUAGUGGACCUGGUGGAGUAGGUGGGGUGGCAGGAGGAGGCACUGGGGCAGUUGGAGGAGGUCCAGGAGGAGUUGGAGGCGGUCCUGGAGGAGCAGCCUUGGUACCUGGGGCUGGUGGUCCUGGUGGAACAGGAGUCCUUAAACCUGGAAAAAGCUACAGUGCUGGUGGAGCUGGAGUUUUACCACGUGGAGGCAUCCGUUACCUGACUGGAGCUGGAGUAGGACAGGGAGCAGGAAAAACAGGAAAAGUAUAUGGGACUCUUGGAACAGGAGGCCAGGGUGGGGUUGGGCCUGGUGGUUAUGGAGCUGGUCCUGGUGGCUAUGGUACUGGUCCAGGAGGUUAUGGUGCAGGACCCGGAGAUUACGGGGCUGGCCCAGGUGGCUAUGGUGCUGGGCCUGGUGGAUAUGGAGUUGGACCUGGAAGUGUGGGAGGAGGAGGAGGAGUAGGCCCCGGUGGAGUCAAUGGUGGACUGGGGGGAUAUGGUGGUGGUGUUGGUCCUGGUGGUUCAAGAUAUGGUACAGGUUCAGGACUGGGUACCGGCACUGGCAAACCACCAAAAAGUUAUGGAGCAGGAGCUGGUGGUACUGGCUUUGGGCCUGGUGGCUAUGGGACUGGACCAGGUGGAGUUGGUUCUGGUCCAGGAGGUUUUGGACCAGGCGGCUUUGGGUCUGGCGGUCCUGGUGGCACUGGACCAGGUGGAUAUGGGCCCAGCACUGCCGGGACAGGACUGGGUGGUGUCGGAACCAGGCCAGGCAGUUUUGGACCAGGUGGUGUUGGGGUAGGACCAGGCACCUACGGACCUGGUGUUUAUACUGCUGGAGGUCAAGGACUGGGGACAAGAAAGCCACCCAAAUCAGGCUAUGGAUCAUCCUCACUGGGUGGAGCUGGCUAUGGGCAAGGUGCAGGGGUUGGACCUGGUGGAACAGGUACUGGACCUGGCAGAUAUGGGCCUGGUGGUUUUGGGCCUGCGGGCAUUGGACCAGGUGGUGCCGGCACAGGUACGGGUGGUUUUGGACCAGGGGGUACUGGCACAGGAACAGGAGGCUUCGGACCAGGUGGUGCUGGCACAGGAACGGGUGGCUUCGGCCCAGGUGGUGCUGGCACAGGAACGGGUGGCUUCGGACCAGGUGGUGCUGGCACAGGAACAGGUGGUUUUGGACCAGGGGGCCAAGGAUUAGGAAAAACAGGAGGACUGGGAGGAGGAACAGGAGGUGGUCCUGGUGGAGUUGGAGCUGGAGGAUAUGGUCCAACUGGAACUGGGACAGGCCCUUUUGGUUAUGGGCCUGGAAGUGCUGGACCUGGUGGUUAUGGGCCUGGAAGUGCUGGACCUGGUGGUUAUGGCCCAGGAGGUGCUGGAACUGGUGGUUAUGGCCCAGGAAGUGCUGGAACUGGGCCAGGGGUUUUUAGACCUGGUGGUGUGGGUGGAUAUGGACCUGGUGGCCAAGCACUUGGGAAAAGGAAGCCUCCUAAUUCAGGUUACGGCUCAUCGUUGGGUGGAACUGGCUAUAGACCAGGUAGUGUAGCAGGAGGAACAGGAGGUCCUGCAGGAACAGGCCAGGGAGUAGGAGGAGGAGCUGGCAGCCGACCAGCAGGGGAGGUUGGCCCUGGCUACGGUGGAGCGGCUGGUGGAGGCUACACAGGAUAUACAGGGGCCGGGCAAAAAUCCAAGGCACAAAAGGCAGCCAAAUAUGCAGCCAUGCAGGCCUUACUGGGAGCUGGGGGCUACAGAGGCGCUGGCUGUCAGGGUAAAUACUGUGGCCAAAGGAGGAAGUGAGAGACCAACAGACAGGAAGUGACCUCAUAAAAACAACAGUGGUGCUAUUGCAUGAUCCAAGAUUGUAAAUGUCUUACUUGCCAUAGAAGCUAAAGUUUCAACAUAUUCCACAUUUCACACAUACGCUUUCAUUUGCUUAGAAUUUAUUCAAGGGUCUCUUUCAGAAAGAGCAAUGGUUCUCAGCCUGUUAGGGUCCUGAUUCCUUAAAACAAGGCGAUGUCUCUGUUGCGGGCUGCUAUGCAGAGUGGUCCAUGUCGUACUGUUUUUUGGAUAGUUCAGCAAUUUGACUUUGGUCACAGAAUUAAAAAAAUUCACCAUUUCACAAGAAAAAGUGUAGCGUAAUCCUGGGGGAUUUAUUAUAAUAGUGAUUUUUUUCUCCCAUGAAUUACCUUGUGACUCUCCUGACUACUGGGCUGAGAACCACUGAAAUAAAGGACCAACAUUUCUUCUUAAAUGUUCAGGCCAAGCUGUACUAUAAUACACUUUUUGUUUAUUGUUGUUACGUUGAACAUCAUUUGUGUUCCUGUGUAAGUAUCACCAUGAAUCUUCUGGGUGAAGACUGAUACCAAGGACACCCUCAGGGCAGCUCCUCCAGACCUGUCUGCAUGCUGAUGUCAAUGUUUAAAAAGAAAUCUACAAGGCCACACUUUUAUCCAGUUAGACUGGAUUUUACUUCGGUCUGCAGAGUGUAAUGUUUGUUUUAUUAAUUUACUGUUUUAAGCUUUUACAUCAAAGUGCUUGGAUACACUUGGAUAAUCUGUACAGACAAAGAAACAGACAGCUGCUAUUUUGGGGGAACUGUGAACAAAAGGGACUCCAAGUGGAUCUUUUAUGGUGUGGUUUGAUUAGUCAUUAUCUGAUACCUGAAAAGCAGUCUGUGUUUUAACUGUGCUUAGGCCUCAGCAGUAUCAACAAAUUUGGAGGCUGAACGUCCUAUGCUGUUAACACUCGUGAGAUUCUUCCACUCCCUUCACAACAUUAAAGGCACUGUUUUAUAGCUACAUAACACUAAAUUGUAUUAGUGUAAACUUUUGGUUAACGUGCAUAUUUUUUCAUUAUUAGAAGGAGGUAUUUGUUAUGAUAUUACAUUUACUGUUGAGGAAAGCAUUCAAACUAAAUGUGAGGUAAUAUAAUUAGAAUACAUGAUUGCAUGAAUGCAUUUAAACGACAUCUGAGGAGCAUUGAUUACUGCGUUUUUCAUUUUUUGAUGUACCUCCUUUAACACUGUUAGAAAAUUGUUCACGUUUGCUAGUCUUUUUAAAUUAUGCUGACAAAAAGCAGAAAAAGUGAAGUGCUUUAUCUAUUUAGUCUCAUUUUUAUUAAAUCGAGUGCAUUAAUACAGUAUUAAAUAUUUGAGUAAUUUUGUGUGUGUGAGUUUUAACAGUUUUUAAACUUGUGUACUACUAUGAUAAAUAUAAGUGCUUUGUUUUCUACAUUGUCCUUGAAUGUGUGCUGAAUCACAAUGUAGUCUGUGAUGUCAUUUGGAUAAAAAGUGUAAUUGAGUCUCAUCUUGCAUUUGAGCUUACGUUUGUGUCUCUAUCGUGUAGCUCACGUUUUUUUAACAUCUGUGUUCUUUAUGUGGCCUAUGAAGAAAAUGAUGCACUUUUGUACACUUUCAGACAAUGCUCUCUGAAAUAAAAAAGAAAGACCGAUGA